CCAGCUUUCACGCCAUGAAAUUGCACGUUUUAUUGCUGACGGCACUUCCCAUGUGCCUGGCUGAAUUCACAAUACAGGGGCCUAGCGACGGACACCGCCGGGCUCAGGGUCUUAAGUUCAGCGAAGAGAAAGGAAUCGAAUAUACAGAUGCGAGUGAGGGAGGGGGACCGGGAGACUUCACCAUUCAAGGCGCGACUGACGGUAAUACCAACUUCAGGAUCCAGGGUGCUACGGACGGGCACUCGAAUUUCCAGAUUCAAGGACCCACGGAUGGUGGAUCGGCCACUUACAAUGUACAAGGUCCGAUCGAUCGAUACGGUCAACCCGUAGCAAUCCAGGGAGCAUAUGAUGCCAAUCAGGCUUACGAUAAUAGCCAAAUUAACGGGAAGGCGCUUCAGUACAACGAUCCCAGCGGUUACAGGGUAAACUGGAGGUCGUACGACCGUCAAGCACGUCCGCAAGCUCAGCCACAGCCACAGUACGCACAGACGCAAGCCGCGGCUCCGGUUUCGCGAGCGGCCGCGCCCCGACAGCGAGCGCACCAAGCACGACCGCAGCCGCAACCGCAACCGCAACCGCAAGUUGCGGAAAGAGCGCCAAGUUACAAGCCUUACGCCAACGCGCCGCCGCAGAUUCAGCAAUUGCUCCAGUUCCAGCAGCAAAUUCCGUACAUCAACAUAAUUCCGGAACCGUACAGAUUCGACGAAGAGGCUGCGAUACAAGCUCAAUCGAAAGCGGUCCGGGAACAUCUCCAGAAGUUGGCACAGGAGGCGGCAGCUGCACCCUUACCGGAGCCCGUGCUCGCAUCUACACCGCGUCAAAAGUCACGCGGCCAUCCCAGAAGCAAACGUCAGGCUCAGCAGCAACAUCAGCAGCCGCAGUAUCGCAGGAUAUCCCAGCCGCCGGCGGAGCCACAGCCUCACUAUUCAACCAAUUUGCCGAAUCAUUUGCUCGAACUGUUGAAAUUCCAAGCACAAACGCCAUACAACAUCAUCGCCAAUCAGAUCGUGUAUCGUCCUGACAAGCCAUACGUGCCGCAACCCGUAGAUGCGCCGCAGCAACAACUGCAACAGCAGCAGCAGCAGCAGCAGCAGCUUUUGCCACAGCAACCGAUACAACAAGCGCAGUAUCAAGGUCAGAGUGGCGCCUACCAGGGUCAACCUAACGCAUAUACGCAGGCUAACUUACAGCCUUUGUACAACCAGAAUCAGCAGUAUCAGCAACUCGGCUAUAAUCAGCAGCAACCUGGCGUGAGACCCGUCACCGAGAAUCAGUACUGAUCACUUUAAGAAGGCAUAUUCAUUGUAAUGUCUUUUUGUUUGAUUGGUAGAACGAGUCUUUCUGACAGGAGAAGAUUCUAUUUUAUAAUGUGAUAAAUACGCUCGAGAUUUUUGUAAUAUAUUUGAUUAUAAAAAGAAUAAAUUUAUUUUGAGACAAAGGUAGCGUAAACAUUGCCUUUAUUUUAAGAAUUUAUUUAUUAAAUUUAUAAAAA